AAAAAAAAAAUAUUCUGAACCAAUGGACUGCAGACACAGUACAGGGGAUGACCAGAGACUGCGGACACAGUACAGGAGAUGACCAGAGACUGCGGACAAAGUACAGGGGAUGACCAAGAGACUGCGGACACAGUACAGGGGAUGACCAGAGACUGCGAACACAGUACAGGAGAUGACCAGAGGCUGCGGACACAGUGCAGGAGAUGACCAGAGACUGCGGACACAGUACAGGGGAUGACCAGAGACUGCAGACACAGUACAGGGGAUGACCAGAGACUGCGGACACAGUACAGGAGAUGACCAGAGACUGCGG